AAGAAGGGCUGAUAAUGUUUUGGGCGUUUUGGGCUGACAAAGCCCAGACAUUUCUGAAACGAGCCCGUAAAAGUUUCGUUAUUUAUGUUACCAACUUUCAGUUGCGCACUGUAGAGUGACGUAGAUGGCUUGAACUGAAACGCUCUCGCUCCUCCUUUAUACAGUGGCCAACACUCCGCGCCAACCCCCUUCCAGUGACCAUUUCAUGUAAAGCAUCAAGGGAGAUCCCAACCUCAAACAAGGAAAAGUUGAUUGCUGCUAUUGAAUUGAAAUGAAGGUGAAAGAGGAUUCGGAAGAAGCAAGUUUCUCAACACUCAAAUCUCGUGAGCCACCAAGAAACCAACAAAAUAUCACAUCUGGGGCGGGUACUGGUUCGGUGCCUAUUGCUCGCAACAACAACACAGCUGCUCUCUGUAGAGAAAUUAGAAUUGUCCAAGAUUUGAUUGAAAGGUGUCUGCAGCUAUUUUUGGAUAAAGAUGAAGUGGUUAAGACACUCUUUGAACAAGCAAGAAUUCAGCCUGACUUUACAAGAAUAGUAUGGAAUAUAUUGGAGCAAGAAAAUGCAGAAUUUUUUAAGGCCUAUUGCACAAAGUUAAUUCUGAAGAAACAAAUUUCUAUGUUCAAUGAAUUACUUGAGAAGCACCACCAUCUGCUGAAUUACGCUGCACCUCUAGAGUAUCCAUUGGCUCCCAUGCAGGAAGGCAUUCAGCACAUGCCAGUUGACAAUCUACAUAAUGGAUAUACCCUUCUGCAGCAGCAUCCAAUUCCAUCAACUGUUCAUUCCCAUAUUGAUUCCAUGGGAACCUUUUUCAACUAUGAUUUGGUUUAUGAAAACCCUGAAAGUGGGAAUUUCUGCUCAGCUCAUAUGAAUUAUGGGGGAUGGAUGCCAAUUGACAAUACAACAGCCCAUAUAGCACCUACCCAACCUUUUAUUAAAUCAGAGAGUCCAAGUCCUGUAUCAGUUGCAUCCCUUGAUCAAUAUCCUUUCGUUCCAAGAGAGAUGCCAGAGAGCAUGGACCCUUCAUCUUUUGCCUUUGCAGAGUUAUCUCGUGUGCGAAGUCCGGGGCAGGUUCUGCUUCAACCUGCUAAUGCUGGCUUCAAUAACUUGGCAGAUAUAGGAGAAUAUUCGUUUUCUACUGGAUUGCGUGAUCCUUCAGAGCAAAAUGACAAUGUUGACAAGUUCUUUGCCGAUACCAUUCCUGCUACACACUCUUAAUCAUAAGAAGAAUCUUAAGGCAAAUGCCUUGCAAUAUUAACCCUAGCCAGACCAGUUAGAUGUAGUUCGAACCAGAGAAACUUCACAAGUUGUCUUAGCUUUCUGGAGAGAGCAAGUGCACCAGGGUGAAUUUGAAACCUCAAGUUGAUCAAGGCAGGCAUCAACAGGCGUCCUGCUAUGUAUUAUAUCCCUUUUAUUUUAUUUUAGCAUGGCACAAAUCUUUGUUCAGGAUCUAGACUUCCUUAUUUUGAAUUCCAUUCAGUGUGAUUCAAUUAUCUUUCUUAU